GUUGCUCGGUAUCCUUGAAACAAAACUUCCACAUUGGUCUGAAGGUUUGUUCCCGCGAAGGUAUUUGUCAUAAAUGCAUCCAAUGUUUAAGACAACUUGGCUAUGGGCAUCAAAGAACCUUCCACGCAGGCUUCUCUGCAAGUCCCACUCAUGGUGGCGUCGUUUCGCAAUGUUUGCCUUGCUAAUUUCUUGAUUCAGGGGUUUACAUUGAUGGAAAUCCUCCUUUUCUUUCUCUAUGUCCUUUGUGGUAACAGCCCUAGGCUUUUCGACAAGGAUCGCUUACCUCUUGCGGGAAACCAAGUUCGAUAGUAGUCUGCAAUCCCGGGC